GAAAAAGUGGAAUCGAUCAAGAGAUAUGGAGUUGAAUUGUGAGUAGAUGGGAUGCUUAGGCCAAGUGUCCGCGCUAGUCCUCGAGGUGAAUAUUAUGUGAGAACAACACCGUCUAUAUGACCCUUAACAGCAGAGGUGUACCUAGGACAUUCAUAAGAGUCUCCCUCCCCAAGUUUCCAUCCAAAGCUCUACUGACUAUCUAUAGCAUUCGGGAAUAACCAUAACAUCAUCAGCCCCAAAGGGGAUGUACUACCAUGCAACAAACAAAUUUGAAGGCUGGAUACCAGAAUUUAAACCGAAAGCCAACAUUAGCCAGCCCUUGACACUCGUAAUCCUCUACAAAUCGGCCCUGUAUCCUCCCAAACUCCUUUGAAGGCAGACGAAGUCUUGCAAGCUGUACCAGCAAAUGGUUCUCCAUCUCUGCGUACUAGCGAAGCUUUUACUUGCCGCAUCUGGACGAAAGACGCCCUUGUAGCGCUUCACGACAAUGGUAUUAUAACUUUGCCCGUGGAUAUUGGUAAGUCCCAACCUCCACAUUCGCUUCUGCGCUUAUUCGGAGAAAAAUAUUACUAACAAAAUUAUCGCAGACACAGUAGAGAGACAGGCCUUUGCUGCAGCGAGCGAUCUGGAGCCCGAAAUUGAACAGAACAAAAGCGGACCAAGUAUUAUUGAUUGCACGGGUGGCGCUCCUUCGUUAUAGAGGAAUUCCUACAGUUACGGCUAUGUCUCUGGCUUUGGUUGGGAGGGUCUGCAAGUCUCUGAUACUACUUAUUGUAUUUUUCAGUCGUUGUCGUAUGUCGUAUUAUCCAUAUGUUGAUUCGGCGGAACUGGGUGUUUAAAUAGUGGUUAUACAUUGAAAUCCUAUUGAUUUUACACUCGAGCUCACGCUUUUCACAAAGUGAUAUAGAUAUAAAAAUCGGAACUCAAAGUCUCGAAGGAGGUUAAUCGAUAAUAAAUAAUAAUUAUUAUAAUAAUAAUAUUAUUUAUAUUAAUAGUGGAAGACUUAAUCGUAUUUAAGCUUAAUAGGGUAAAGUCGAAUAUAAUCAUAAAUUGAAAGUCAGAAUAGUAAAGUAGAGAUUU